AAUAAAAAAUAAAAAAAAGUCAAACUACCCACUUCUGUGGUGGGACUUUUAUUUUGUUUCAGUCUCGAUCCACCAAUCAGCGCUAUCGGAUGAUCAACCGGAAGGGAGCGGAGAGACCAACACGAGCGGAGUGUAAACAUGGCGUUUGGAGAUGCUUGGAAACAAUUAUCGUGGUUUUAUUACCAAUAUCUGCUCGUAACAGCGCUUUAUAUGUUGGAACCGUGGGAGAGAACUGUCUUCAAUUCUCUGCUCAUCACAGUGGCAGCGAUGGCAGUCUACACAGGUUAUGUGUUCAUGCCCCAGCACAUAAUGGCUAUAUUACACUAUUUUGAAGUGGUCCAGUGACGUCAUCUACAGUAAUCAUCAGGAUGCUUUCGACCUCCCUCUAGUGGCUGGGAAAAUGAACUGCUCUAGAACUCACUGCAGACAAGGACAGAUGUGUAUGUUGUGGGUGAACAAAGUUGUUGAGUGUGACAAAACUGUCUUAUUGUCUUGUAUGUGUGGCUAUAUAAGUGAUCCGUCUGCAACUGGAAAUGCACACAUGCUGCCCUGUCUUUAAUGAAAUCCUUUUAUAUAGAGCAUGAAUUUAUUAUUUUUUAUUUUUGAAUAAUGCUUCAGUUUUCUUUCAUGGUUUCUUCAGAUGAUGAAUAUAUUUUGAUAUAAAUGUGUAUAUUUAAUUGUAUACAUAUUUGUAAAGUUGUAUAGAGAUUUAUUUUGGCUGACCUAAAUCACUUGGUUUGCCAUAAUGGAAUGAUGAAUUAUUGAUACGGUUUCUGUCACCACUGGAAACCUAUUUUUAUCAGCACUGUGAGUCAUGCGGUAAAUAAUUAUCUUUGUGAUGCCUAUGUUGAUACUUCAGGUCAGGUCAUAAACCAGAAUCUGCUUUUGUGUUCGUAAACCAGAAAAAUAUUGUUAAAGAAUUCCUUUCUUUAAUCGACUUGGAAAUUUAACCCACGUUUUGUUCCAUUUGAUAUUGUUUUGUCCUUUUUUUUUUUCUCCAACUAAUUCACCUCUGUAACGUGUCUGUAACACUUUGACUUUGUAUUAAACUCAAUGUCAUGUCCAAGUUUUUCUCAAUGUAAAUAUUUUAAUGAUACUAUCACUAUUGGAACAAAUAUGUUGCUUAUACCAAAAGAUGGCAGUUGAAUUGUGAGUUAUGUUCAUUUAAAAUAAAAAAGUUUAAAUUGC